AUGCCCGCAGGCGGCUUCUCGCGCACGCGCAACGUCGAUUACGAUGACGACGACAUCUACGGCGACGACGAUUACUAUGAAGAAGGCGCUGGGGACGUGGAUGCUGGAGAUGGCAUGACAGAAGAUGACAAAGAGCAGAUGCGUGUGGGCACAAUCAAAGUGCGGGAGGCGCUGGGAGACAUGAGCGAUUUCACGAGCGACGAGCAGAUACAAGAAGCGUUAUGGCACUACUACUACGACAUUGGAAAGAGUGUGAGUUAUCUGAAGAAUAAACUUGGCGUGGCAGAGCCCAAGCAAGAGGCACCCAAGCAGGAAAAGGCAAAACCAGUGUCGCGCUUCGACCAAGCUGCAAGCGUAGCAGAUCAGAACGCGCCCGCAACCACAGAAGAGUCUGCUGCCCCGUCGUCCUGUUGCUCAUCCUCUACCGUUGCCCCAAUCUCGAUGCCUACCAACGCUGCUGUCACAGACUUCUUCUGGGAUGUGCCCUGGGGCAACGUACCACCCGAACGAUUAGGCGUCAUCACCGUCGAUGCUCCCCACUACAAAGGUGGUUUGCUUGGGGGGUCCUCGAAGUUAGCUGCGCUUGCAGCUAAGCGUAGGAAGGAGCGAGAGGAUGCGGAAGCUGCUGCCUCUAAAUCCAACAACAACGCGGAUUCGGCCAUCGCCAUGCUCGAUAAGCUCUCGAUGAAGAACCAAGAGAAUGCCAAUCUUGGUGGUGAUGGCGGGGAGUCAGAGCGCCCAGCUCGGCCUUCCAGAUAUCCUAUCCGCAGACGGUCGCCAUCCCCAGCCCCAGAAGCACCGAAGGAACCUGAGAUAGAAGAACCCCAAGCUCCCCAGCCUGCCGUCGUUGUCGAAUCGCCAGCUCAACGCGCCACCGCCUCCAUGUUCGCCUCCACCCUGUGCGGGUCUGACGAAACGUCAAAGCACACACAAACACCGCUACAAGAGGUUCCGGUACCCUUUGCUGCGUAUAAAUCGCAUACAGGAAUUACACCAAAGAAGAAGAAAAAGCAAACAAACGGUGACCUAGCCGAAUCGGUCGAGAAGCUUGCCGUGGUCGAUGAGCCGAGGGUCAAGAGUAGGAACUUAAACGUUGUAGACGAGUUUGAGAAGAGCGCCCCGAAGCGAAUGGCGAACUUUGUAGUGCUCGGACAUGUCGACCAUGGUAAGAGUACGCUUAUGGGACGUUUGCUCUACGACCUCAAAGUCGUCGACCAGCGAUCAAUAGACAAAUUAAGAAAAGAAGCAGAGACCAUCGGCAAAUCUUCGUUCGCGCUCGCCUGGGUUAUGGACGAAACUAGCGAAGAGCGAAGUCGUGGUGUUACCGUCGAUAUUGCGACCAAUUACUUCGAGACAGACAAGAGUAUAUUUACGAUAUUGGAUGCGCCUGGGCAUAAGGACUUCAUACCAAGAAUGAUCUCAGGUGCAUCACAAGCCGACUUUCCGGUCCUGGUCAUCGACGCAAGCACCAACAGCUUCGAGUCUGGUCUCAAGGGUCAAACGAAGGAACACAUCUUGAUCGCACGAAGCAUGGGUAUGCAACACAUCAUCGUGGCUGUGAACAAGAUGGACACAGUCGGAUGGUCGAAAUCACGCUUCGACAAUAUUUCAAAACUCAUGACAACCUUCCUGACCGAAGCAAGCUUCCUUGAGAAGCGAAUAACGUUCAUACCCCUAGCCGGCCUGACCGGAGAAAACGUUGUCAAGAAGAUCGAAAACUCAGCCGCACACUGGUAUACCGGCGAGACCCUGCUAGAAGCUCUGGAACGCGUCGAGCUACCACCCCGAAAUCUCACAAAGCCACUUCGCCUUUCUGUCGCUGACGUUUUCCGCGGCGACAUGCGCUCACCACUUAGUAUAUCAGGUCGUAUCGACGCUGGAACCUUACAAGUCGGCGACGUUGUACUCGCCCUCCCCGCCAACGAAACUGCAACCAUAAAAUCCAUCGAAGUGCAGGACGCACCCGUAGACUGGGCCGUCUGCGGCCAGAUCCCCACUCUCCAUCUCACAGACAUUGACCCGGUUCAUCUCCGCCAAGGCGACAUUCUCUGUCCUCCCAAAGACCCCGUUAAACUCGUCAAGGCUUUUACGUCCAAGCUCCUCGCUUUCGAACACGUAUUACCUAUGCCGGUGGAGGUUUUCAGGAGUACGCUCAACUCGCCGGCAGGAAUUAGGACGCUGAGCGCCAAGCUGAAUAAGUUUACGGGAGAGGUUGUGAAGAGGAAGCCAAGAAUUGUUAAGCCGGGCGAGGUGGCGAGGGUCGUUGUACAGUUGGAGAGGGAGUUACCGGUUGAGGAGGGGAUGAGGGUUGUGCUUAGGGAAAGAGGAAGGACGGUGGGGGCAGGUUUGAUGGAGAAUGUUGCUUGA